UUCCUACAAAAAGACUCACUAAAGGAAAUCUAUAAAGCUAUGGCAUAUACAAAAGACAACCUUAGUACUCGAAUACCUACUAUUAAAAGCAAGGAGUCGUUUACUAAAAAAUGCAAAGCUUUUAGAGAGGAUCUUUUCCCCCUACUACCUACUACAGCUACUCCGUCUUUCUACACCUAUAAAGGAGAUAGAAGGUGGGAUUAG